GACCGCGCCAGUUCCCCGAAAAAUACCAAGUUUCACGCUGUUGGGGAUAAUAUGACACAUGCACUUGCGCCGUGACAUGCCUUGAUGGGUUACAAAGGACUCGUCUAUAAGGCGGACGCUUCUACUUGAAUUGGGACGCUGACUUUCUCCUUCUACUGCGCAAAAAGCUAGGAAAAUGAGGAAAUGCGUGCUGUCUGUUACACUGACCCUGUGUGUUAUUGGUGUCGUCAUGUCGGUGCCGGUCGCGCGUCCGGGGUCAGGAAGGGGCAGAUUGAUGCCGGCUGCUUCUCGGACAGAAUUCUCAAUUGAAGCAACACUCAGAGACAUGGAAAGACAAAUUCGACGAAGUCCAGACACCUCAGUCAACUCAGUCACACGAAGAAGAUUAGAUGAUACAUUAAGGCCUAAGAUGACCCCUGUCCUGCUGUCGAUGAUGUGCGCCUUCUGUCGUCGUCGUGGGCAUCGGGCGUGCAUCGUUCGAAUGUGCUCCCGGACAUCACAAGCAGCAGUCAGACGUCAGCUAGAAGUCAGAUAGACAACGUGUGUAGUCACCAAUGAAAUAAUGCUGGGAUGAUGUGCAAUCGUGACAGCUAAUAAAAACAACUGCUUAAAUUUAA